GGUCUGCGUCAGAGGCGGGGCCUACUGCCUCCGGUAUCCUAGCAACGGCCCUGGGUGCUGUUGAGCGGCCUGCAGGCGUCGCAAUGGAGACUGGAGUGUCAGAUGCCAGCAACCCCUUUUCAGUAGAAGGUGACAGCCUGAUCCAGGACCUCGACCUGUAUGAUACCGACAACUAUGACGUCCCGGACCCAGGGCUGCUCCAGGAAAAGAACGGUGAGUCCUUUUCGGAGCCAGACUCAGGGCUUGUUACCAGCAGCUGGCAGAGGCAGAACAUGGCCCCGAGCGCCCGUGCCCGCCAGCUGUGGCUGCUCCUCCGCGCAGGCCUGCAUGACUUCGUGGAAAAGGAAAAGAGAGCCGAGCUGAGCGUGGCCCGCUUGACACACGGCCUGGAGCCGCUGGGCCACCUGACGGUGGCGUCUGGGCUGCUCUCAGUGGCGCAGGACCCAGUGGGCAGACACUUCGUGGUGCUGGAUGGCGCAGGCCACCUGCACCUGCACAGAGAAGACGGCUGGGCUUACGAGAAGCUACGCGCCCCAGCAGUGCUCACGGGGCUGGUGACGGUGCCGGGCCCGCUGGGUGCUGUGGGGCGCUUCGUGGGCUGGGGCCCUGAGGGGCUGGCCAUCCUGAAGCCUGACCUCAGCCUGCUGUGGCUGAGCAAGCCAGAGGCGGUCAGGGUGCCGGGCCGGCAGCCCAUCUGCUGUCUGCCAGUGCCCAGCUUGGGGCUGUUGCUAGUGGCAGAGGCAGGCGGCAGCCUGGUGCUCUGGAAGUUCCAUUCAGGGGGUCGCCGCCUGGUGCCAUGUGGGUCACCUCUGCAGCUGCCACCAAGCCCUGCAGGUGCACUCACCCGUUUGGUUCUCAGGCCCCUGCCCUCUCGUCGAGUCCCAUGCUGCUUUGCGGCCUCUGGCUCGGCUGUACUCACCUUUGAUCUGCACAGCUGGGCUCUCGUAGACGUGCGCCGGGACCUGCAUAAAACCACUAUCUCAGACCUGGCCUACUGCAAGGCAGUGGAGGCCGUGGUGACCGCUUCUCGAGACAGCACGGUCAAGGUGUGGGAGGCUGACUGGCAGGUCCGGAUGGUGUUCGUGGGCCACACAGGCCCAGUGACAGCUGUGGCCGUGCUCCCGAACACCGCCCUAGUGCUGUCAGCCUCGCAGGACGGGACGCUGCGCACAUGGGACCUGCAGGCGUCAGCACAGGUGGGCGAGGUGGCGCUGAGCGGCUGGGGCCGAGCGGUGCCACCCAGGCACGUGAACCGUCUGCUGGCGCCCGCCGGCCCCGGCUGGCCGGUGCUCGCUCUGAGCGCGAGCGGUGUGGAGCUGUGGCGUCUUCGCGAGCUCUACUCGCCGUUGGCGCAGCUGUCGGCGCCGGUGCUCCUCCUGCAGACCAUGCCCGCGCUGCCAGCGCGCCCCGAGCUGCCCACGCGCCUCGUGUGCGCAUGCGCCGAUGGCUCGGUCUACCUGGUGUCGGCCGCCACGGGGCACUCCGUGAGCGCGCUGCUGCUUGACCCGGGGGACUGCGCAGCCUCGCUGCUUUAUUGCCUGCCGCGUGAAGCACUGUGGCUACUGACACGUGCCGGGCACCUGGUGUGUGCCAACGCUGCGUGCUCCCCCAUGCGCGUGCUCAACCGGGUGUGCCCGCCCCCGGCCCCUGCGCCCAGGCCCUGCUGCCUGCACCUCUACAGCCACCUCACAGACCCCAGCAGCGCGUUUGCCAGCUGGGAGGUCGUGCGCCGGCAUGGGGGCGAGCUGGGCCCCAGUGACCUGGCCCCGGCUCAGAAGGACAAAAACCGGUACCUGCCCGUGGUGGGACACACAGAUGGCACCCUGUCGGUGCUCGAAUGGCGCUGGUCGAAGACCGUCUUCCAAACCGAGGCACACAGCCCGGGUCCCGUCACUGCCAUUGCAUCUACCUGGAACACUAUCGUGUCCUCUGGCGGAGACUUGACCGUGAAGAUGUGGCGCGUCUUUCCCUAUGCUGAGGAGAGCCUCAGCCUGCUGCGAACGUUCUCUUGCUGCCACCCGGCCACGGUACUCUGUGCCCUGGGGAACCGGGUCACUGUCGGCUUUGAGGAUCCAUACAGCGCCACCUAUGGCCUGGUGCAGUUUGGCCUGGGCGACAGCCUCCGCUCUGAUCACCGGCCCCAGGAUGACCCCAUGGACCACAUCACUGGCCUGUGUUGCUGUCCCACCCUCAAGCUGUAUGCCUGUUCCAGCCUGGACGGCACCGUUCGCAUCUGGACGGCCCAGAACCGCCUGCUGAGGCUUCUGCAGCUGAAUGGCGCCCCUCAGGCCCUGACCUUCUGCAGCGACAGUGGCGACCUGGUGCUGGCUCUGGGCUCCCGACUCUGCCUGGUGUCCCAUAGGCUCUACCUGCCCACAUCUUACCUGGUUAAGCAGCUGUGCCAGACAGUCCCUAAUGUGGUGGCUGACCCUCCGCUGCCACUGACCCACCAGGAGUCGCUGACGCCGGCCCAGCUGCAGAGGCUCGCCAGCCUGCAUGGGGUGGCCGGUCUCAGCACGGACUUGUCUUUCAUCCAUCACCAGACGGCAACACCUCAGCAGCCGGUGCUAGAGGAGGACUUGGAAGCCCUAGUUUCCCGGGAUCAAGAUCUGCAGCUGCUGAGACUGGGGCUGGUGGUCCCGGCAGCCCACCCCCCACCCUCCUGGCAACAACGCCAGGAGGCCUUUGACAACUAUCUGCGUCUGAUCUAUGGCCCUGGCUUGAUGGGCAUGCAUUCUGGAAGAGAGUCCCAGCAAUGGAGUACUGUGACCCUCACAUUGGAGAGAGAGCCCUGGGACGCAUGUGCCUUGCCCACAGCUGCCCUCAGUCUUAGGCAGGCUGAGGUCUGCACUGAAGCCCCAACAAGGCCAGCAGCCCUCCCCUUACAGGACCUGGGAGCCGGGGGCCAGCACUUUGCCCACCGUCCCCAUGUCCCCUUGCCCAGCCCACCCACCCACCGAGGGGUGCCCAGCAGGGCCUCCCAGCUGCUGGCCCGCUCCUCCCUGAGCGGCAGCCUGGGGCUCAGUCUGGACCUGCACCUGCAGUUCGAGCGGCUCCAAGGGGAGAAGCCUGUGGUCCCGGGUCUACCAUCCCCCGACAUACAGCACAGGAUCCCCCUCUUGAUGAAGAGGCGGCCCAAAGAGCUUCUCUCCAACCUCCGAGGUUUCUUUCCUGCCUCCAUUCAACCUUACCAGUGCUGGUGCAGGCCGGUCCGCUUCCCCGGCAGCGUGCCCAACUCCGUGGUGCUGCAGCAGAUGUGGCCGCAGGGGGAGGCCAGCGGCCUCGGAGCCCUCACCCCGCCGACCAGCCACAGCAGACACAAGGCAAGGGAGGGUUGGGGGGCUCACCCCUGGGCUCUGCGGAAAGGGGCCCGAGUUCCCGCGGCGAGCCAGCGGCCACCCGUGCUCUCCCCUCUGCAGUCAGACGGGAGCCAGGACGACAUGCGGCAUCUGCGAGGAAGUCAUACCAAGUGGGAGCCGAAGCUGGUCCGGUGGUGGCUGGGGGAGGAGAAGCAGCAGCGGCGGCGGCAGCAGCAAGAGCUGUAUCUGGACUGGGCCUCAGACAUCCUGAGCCCACGAGGGCAUGAGGAGGAGGAGGAGGAAGGGGAGGGCUCCAAGCACCCGUCGACGCAGUCUUCCCCGGAGCCCGCACACGCUCUCGAAGCCUCCGCCAGGAUCCAGGCCUCUCGCGGCCUCUCGUACCCUGACGGGCGCUCGCUCUGGAAGAAGCGCUACGGGCAUCUGCCCAGGUUCCUGAGGUUUUUCGUCUGCCAGCACUGGUUCAAAAAGCUGUUCCCCAUCUUCACCCUGAAGGCGUACCCCGAGGCGGGCACGGCCGAGGGCCUGGCCUCGCUGUUCAUAGACCUGCUGGAGGAGGCGUCCUGGGCAGACUGCGUGCACCUCCUGCGAGCGCUCGGGCGGCUGCUGCCCGAUCUGAGCAAGGACCUCUGUACCCGGCUGCACGGCGUCCUAGUGCGCUUGCUCAACCUGGACGAGCCCCCCAGCCUCAAGGACCCGACGCAAAAGCGGUUCGUGAUGCUGGCGCUGCAGCUCCUUCUGGCCUGCUCCCUGGAGUCCCACGAGGUGGUGCUGGAGAUCCUGUCCUACUUCCUCUACUCUCCGGCCUCCUGCCGGCCCCGGCUCAAGAAGCUGCUGGAAGGGCUAGGCCUUCAGGAUCCACAGGGCUUCCUGUUCAAGGAGAUGAUGACCUGGGUCCAGGGCCCGGAUGCCAACUCCAAGGCUGUAGUGCGCAAAUGCUGUUGCCAGAAGCUGGAGGAAAUGAUCCAGCGGCUGCAGACGGAGUCCCUGCGGCCUCACGUAGCCAGGUUGUCAGAGGUGCUGCCCAAGGUUUCCAAGACUUCGGAGCUUUACCCUCCUCCCAAGGAGGCCCCGUCUCAGACUUCCGGGCUCUCCGGGUCACCUGUUCAUGUCUCAGUGACACCCUCGGUUCAUUCCUGGGCUCCCUCAUUGGUGGUCUCACAUGGGGAGCUGGACAUGGCCACCCUUGAGUCCCAAGCCCAGCAGAUGCUUUCACCAACGGGCUGUGGGCCGACCAGACGCUCGCUGUCGGAGACGCUGCUGCACUUCUGCCCCUCGUCCGAGAUACACUGGCGCUCCUCAGCACUGCCGGAUGCUGCGGAUGAGCCACCGCCACUGGAACAGACAGCCUGGUCACGGUCGCAGAUGCUGGACCUGGAGCCGAUAGAUGCGCUCAACUUCUUCUGCGGGCAGCAGCGGGCCUGGCCGCAGAGCCUCCCGCUGGCAAAGCCUGAGAGCCCGUGCCUGAGCCUGCGCCCACCUGUGCCCAACACAGUGCUACCGCAGCCCUGGGAUGGCCGGCACCAUCCCAUCCCCCGGCUUCAGGAGGCCCAGGUCCAGAGGUGUGCAAGGAGACUACAGGGCCAGAUGCCAUCCCAGGUCCGGGUGGGCAGCACCCUCCGUGGCUCCAUCCGGAUGAUGAAACUGCCCCUGCCAAGGGUGGAACUUCGGCCCUUCCCCCCGGACUGGCCCAGGCCUGCCCGUCCGCUGCCCCCACUGCUCCUGCAGCCCACCUUGCAGCGCUACUUUCUGCCAGAUGCCACAAACCCUGACAGCUACAGCUGAGCGGGCUGGUAGCCCCUGUCUCUUCUUCCCUCCAGCCUGGGGUCAGGAAGUGGCUCUCCAACCAACUGUUCUAUAUCCCUGGGAAUAAAGUCCAGAGGUCAUGGCCAGAAA